AUGGAGCGCUUGAAAUCCCUAUUCAAAUCAACACGAGAACAAACCGAUCUCGAAUCAAAACCUCUCGAGGAGUGGAGCACGAAAGACUUUCAAGAUUGGUUGAAGGAACACGAUUAUCAAAAGAAAGUUUUACAAAUAUUGAAAAAGGAAGAAUGGAAUGGAAAAUGUCUCGUUGAUUUCACAGAAGAAGAUUUGAAAAAAAUUGGAAUUCCAAGUGGCUCUGCCAAAGGAAUUACCAAUUCCAUUAAUGUCAUCAAACAAGAACAAAUCAAAGCAGGAAUAUUGAAUAGCAAUCUUUCAUCGAGUAAGCUCACCACAACAACUCUUCGAACUUCAGAUUCGGGAACUAAUGACAAUACAACAACAACGACAUCCAGUGAUUCAAGUGACAAUAUGAAUGGAGGUGACAACUCCACAACAGUUCAAGUCGUACAAUUACUCGAUGCGACAGAAGAAGAAGAAGAAGAACAAGAAGAGAAAAAAACACCAACGAGACAAAACAAUCCAAGUCGAGGAAUCUUUAACACUUCAUCAGCAUCUGAAUCGACAGCAAUGCCCACUGAGGAACGAUAUGUGGCGUGUCCUCCUUUUCAACCUUCUACUUUUACAGAACAAGACAAGAAAGAUUAUGAUAAAUGUAUGAAAAAGGUUCAAUUGGCUUGUCAAGAUUAUCCUCCAUCAGUACAAGCAACGAUUUGUCAAGAUUGUAUUUUUGUGGAUCGAUUCCAAUAUCGAUAUUUUAAUCCUCUGAGAUUGACUGACAAGGAUCGAGUGGUGAACAAAAUGGUAGAACCAUUUAUCAAAGUGAAAUUGGUCAUUACAGAAAUGGAUACUGGUAUGGCUCAUCGAUUAUUGAGAUCGAUUGGUUCCAGAAUUCACAAAACCAUCAAAGCGAUGGAUUACGGAAUGUUUCACACGGCUCUCAUUGUAGGAGUUUAUUAUAUUGAAUGGGUUGACAGCUCUCUUGUCACUGUGCGUAAAAAGAGUAGUAGCAAAGCUGUAUUUGCCACUGAUAUUGGAACCAUUAGUGGACAAGAAAAAGUGAAUGAUGCCUUCUUCAAGUUGUCAGAACUGAUCUGUGAUUGGAAUAGAACGCGUCAAUAUGACAACAAGACAGCAAAUUGUCAACAUUUUUGUACUGAAGCUAUUGAAAAGCUCGGACUGUCAGAUGCAUUUGAAAAGAUUGCUGGACAAGGACCUCUGAAGGAAUAUCUCACAAGACUCAAGACAACUGGUGCUUGUGACAUGUCCUAUAGAAUUUCACAAGACGUGAAAGAAACCAUUUUACAAUCUGAUAAUGCUCCAGAUGAAUUGAAAGAAUUUUUGAACACUUCAGGAAAUGCUUUAACAUUCCAUUCACACAAAAUUUUAGAUCAAUUUGUUCAUAUUUUACAAGAGGAGGAUCCUCUUUAUUUUGAUCGAGAACCAUUUGACUAUGUACUUCUCAAAGCCUAUGAUAGAGCGUUCUGGUUGAGAAGCCAAUCUAAGGGAAGCGGAAAUGAUUCGUCACACUAUUGGACAAAUCCAAACACAGGAGCUUGCAUGUGUCCGUUUAACAAGUCAGCUGCCAAUGUUGAAAAUGAAGAAAUUGUCAACUCCAUCAUUGGUAAAGAUUUCGAAUUAGGAACCUAUCGACCAAACUAUCCAGUUAGAUUGGAUUAG